CAACCACUCUCAGCGGUUACCUCUCUCACGUCUCGUACACAUCUCCUGCACACACACGCACACACCAUGCCGGGUCAACGACAAAACGGCCGCGAUUGCAGCGGCAGCAGUCACGUUUUCAAGGCCGCGCUUCUUGGAGCCAUCGCGCUGGCCGUCCCGGCAACAAGAGCAUCAACAGCAGGAGCCCAUGUGGCAGCAGCCUCCCGCGCAGCCUCACGGCGAGCACCCGCCGCCUCCUCUUCCCCGGCGAACAACCGAUGGGUGAGCAAGGCUCUUGCUUCCCGGGGCGGGGCGGACGAGCCGGCGGAGGAGACAGCGGAGGGUAUCCCGGGAGUCCUUUCCGAGGUGGAGGUGGCUCUGUCUUCGUUCAACGACAUCGUUGGGGAGAACCUCCUUGUGGUGGACAACCCCAAGAAGGGCACUACGAAGGAGGUGUCCGCCAGCGAAACGCUCGAUGGCAAGCACGUGGCGUUCUACUUCUCCAGCCAGGCGGUGGAGGACCAGCUCGAGAAGGCCGCACAGGGCCAGGAGACCGUCAGACCAACCCCCGUCGUGAAGGAGGCGUACAAGAAGGCCAAGGAUGCUGGCAAGGAGCUUGAGGUGGUGUACGUGCCGGUGGCCGACUCGUUGGAGACGUACGAGAAGGCCAUCAAGGACAUGCCGUGGAAGGGCAUCGUGCACAACAACGCCACCGUGGCGAACCUGAUCCGCAAGGCAGAGAUCCGCGUGCUCCCGGCCGUGAUCGUGGUCGACGACAAGAACAAGUCUCUGAAGGAGAUGUUGGGACCCAAGUUCCUCAAGGCUGAUGGCUCUGAGGUGACGGCGGAGGCUCUCGAGGGCAAGGUGUUGGCCGUCUACUUCAGCGCCAGCUGGUGCGCACCUUGCAAGCAGUUCACGCCUAUCCUCAAGAGCGUCUACAGCAAGCUUCAGAAGGACGGCAAGCCGUUCGAGAUCGUGUUCGUGUCGAGCGACAAGAGCGAGGAAGAGUUCAGCACUUACAUGGGGGACAUGCCGUGGCUGUCGGUGCCCUUCGACGGGAAGACUCGCGGCACCAUCGCCCAGCUCUUGGGGGUGUCGGCCCUCCCCACCCUGCUCGUGUUCGACGAAGAGCAGCAGCUCAUCACCGCCAACGGGAGGCAGGAAAUCAUCAAGGACACCAAGGCCGAAAACUUCCCGUGGUACCCGAAGGCGCUGGCUGAGCUGGUGGAGUCUCCCGAAGUCAUCACCCAGAAGCCAUCGUUCAUCGUGUUCAUGGAGGGGGGAGACAAGGACGAGCAGGCACGGAUCCGUGAGCUCGUGGAGCCGAUGGCGGAGGCGAGGGCGAAGAUGGUAGAGGACGGCAAGGCAAGGCCCGCGGGAUUCUUGACGGCCUCCGAGAUCGAGCCCCUCUCCACGGCCUUCCGAAAGCUCGUGGGCCUCGACGAGAUCCAGGGCAAGUACAAGUUCAUGAAGAGCAAGAAGGCGCUGCUCAAGCCGCGCGUGGCCUUGUUGGACCUCAUGCGAAACCAAUUCGCUGUCAGCGAGGAAGGCGAUCUGACGGAAGAGAGCCUGGCGGCCUUCGUGGCCUCGUGGGAUGCGGGGGAACUCGAGACCAAGGAGUUCAACUUGCCCGCCAAGGGUGAAGAGGGCGAUGCGGAAGGCGCGGCCGAGUAG